AUGCAAUCAAAUUCUGUAAAAGUUGAAAAAUUAAUUGAAUCAACUACAAGUUGGGAUGGAACUUCAUUACCAAGUUAUCCAAGUGGACAGCCAAAAAUUAGUAUUAUGAAAAUUAUUGUCCCACCUCAUACACACUUAGAGAAGCAUCACCACCUUGUUAUUAAUGCAGGUGUUAUUAUUAAAGGAGAAUUAACAGUAAUACUUGAAAAUGGAAAAGAACAAGUAUUUUCUGAAGGAGAGGCCAUUAUUGAAGUUGUUGGUAAAAUCCAUUAUGGAGAAAAUAGAACUAGUGAAGAUGUUAUUUUGUUAAUGGUUUAUGCAGGGAAUGAAACUCUUCCAUUGACCGAACAACAAUAA